AAAAAAUGAAAAACAGUAACAUACUAUUACAGUACGAAGAUUUUAUUUGAUUUUGAGUAUAAUUACGUUUUGAUGCAAAUCAAGUCUUCAAACUGUUACUAACAGUUUUAGGGGUACUUGAGUUACUUUACACUAAAGUAACUUGAGUUACUUUAGACUAAAGUAACUUUUUUAGUACUAAAUAAAGUUGAGUACAAAAAAACAUAAGAAUGUUAAGUUAUUAUUGUACUAAACUAAACCUAUUUUUAAGGUUAUAAUAUUUAAAAAAUAUUAAUUUUAUUCUCUAUUUAAAAAUAAAUUUAUAAAACCAUUACAGACAAUGCUCAGUAGAAAAUGCUCAGUAGGUAAUUGUCGUGGAAAUUAUGACAGUGCAAAUGAGCAUGUUAAAGUUUACAAAUUUCCAAGUGACAAAGAAUUAUGUGAAAGAUGGUUAGCAGCUUUACCAAAUAAAAUUCAAUCACCAACAGACAAUAUGGGUGUUUGUGAAAAGCACUGGCCUUUGGGGUGUAGUAUGCACUAUCCAAAAAGAUCUAAAUAUCAGAUUCCAUCAGAUCCUCCUUCACUAUUUCCUGGGUGUUUUCCUUCAAUGUUACGACAAACAGGCAAAACAUUCCGUCAAACAAAUUUUGAAAAAAUUUCAAUUGAAUCAAGAAACUCAUCCUGUGAUGAACUCGAUUCUUUCAGCAAGAUUGAUAAAAUAAAAAAUUUUGAAGUCAAACAGUUUCUUACAGAUGUAAAGCAGCGGUUUCCUGAUUAUUUUGUUGUUACAAAUGCAUUGGAUCUGACUGUUUUUAAUAUGACAUUUUCGCGUCCACCAGAAACUAAUAUUUCUGUUACAAUCAAUACUCACACUCAACAGUUACAUGCUUAUAUCAAACACACACAAAUUCAUUGCAAUGAUAUUUUGGGGUUUUCUCACAAACUCACUCGGUGGUCGCAGUUAGAAGCAAUUAUUUCAAGAAUGAAGUCAUCUAAACCUGAAUUAAGCGAGGAACUAAAACAUUUAUUGCAAGAGAUUGAAUGUAUAUAUGGAGAAAAAUCUGAUGAAAUAAAUUUUUUGAUUGAACAACUACAACUGCAGAUGAUGCCUGUGAGAGGCAAGCGUUACUCUACGCUAGUUGUACGACAAGCUUUAGAACUAUACCUUUCUUCAAGAUGCUGUUAUCGAAUUCUUUGUGAUACACUUUCACUCCCACAUCCAAGAACUCUUAAACUAAAAUUAGGCAGAAUCGGUGAAGUAGGAACACAAAAGGAAUGUGAAGAAUUUAUUAAAACCGUGUUUGAAACAUUAACUUUUUCGGAAAAACGUUGCUGCCUGCUAUUUGAUGAAAUGUAUGUGAAACCAAGUAUACGUUUUCGUGGAUGUCAUUUAAUUGGUUAUAGUGAAGACAAUCCUGCUGAAAUUGCCAAGACAAUUCUUUGUUUUAUGAUUAAGCCAAUGUUUGGAAAACCAGCUUUUGUGUGUCGUAUGGCCCCAGUUUAUAAGCUAUCUGGCAUUUUUGUACAAAAUUUAAUUGUUGAAAUCACACAGACAGUUGCUAAACUUGGUGGAGAAAUUUUAUGCCUUAUUUCAGACAAUCUUCCCACAAAUCGUAGCAUAUAUCAAUUUUUUGCUUUAAGUUUAAAUGAGCCAUGGCUUGGUAAUAUUUGCAACCAAAGUAUAAUCAUGCUUCAUGAUCCAGUGCACUUGUUUAAAUCAAUUCGAAAUAACUGGCUUACAGAAAAAACUGGAACAAUUCAUCUGACACUAAAUAGUCAAUUAUUUAAAAGGUAUUGGAAAGAUUUGGUAAGUUUAUAUGAAAAAGAAAAAAAUAAUGUUAUCAAGUUGACAAAUCUUUCAUACAAAGCUAUUCAUCCAGGUGUAAUUGAUCGACAAAAUGUCACCCAUAUGUGUGCUGUUGUUAAUGAGAAGACUGUAGCAGCCCUUAAAAUUUGUGAUUUUAAAGAGACAAGCGAGUUUCUUGAAAGAAUAUUAUUGAUAUGGAAUUACCUUAAUAUUAAACAAGAAGGUAUGGACAUACGUUUAAAUGAUCCAAAUAGAGCUUCAUACAAAAAUGUAAAUGAUAAACGACUUCAAGAGAUUUUGACAUUUGCUGAAGCUGUUGCAAAAAUGCCAGGAGGAAAGGGCUGGAAGCGGAACAAAUCAUUCACUAGUGAAACGAAAAUUUCUUUGUCGAAUAUGCUUUACGGAAUUGUAGAUUUAAUCUGAAAAUUGCUGAACGAAGAUCAUCAAUAUGUUCUUCCCGGAAUAUUUCAGACAGAUCGGUUAGAAGGAGAAUUUAGAAUAUACAGGUAGUUAAAUAAUUCCUUACCUAUUUAUGAUCAGAUUGAUAUUGUUGUUAUUACAUUUAAGCAGGGUCAGACUGGCACUGAAGGGCCCGGGGGCAAAAAUAAAUUAAAUCCUUAAUCACAUAGUUUUUGGUUAUAAGUAGAAAUAACUUUUAUUUAGAAAUAACUGGUAUUUUGUAACAUCAAAAAUGAUAUUUCAUAGAAAUAACUACCAUAUUUAUUGUAUUGUCUUUUUGCAAAAUUGAUGUAUAUAAAAUAUAAAUAAUUAUUACUAAUUUUUAUGUAUUUUUUGUGGCAGGGGCUCUGGGGUAAAUCCCUCCCAACCCCCCUCACCACUCUGACCCUGCAUUUAAGAACACUAAUUUUCGUAUGUAUCUUUAAAUAAAAUUCAAAUUAUAUAUAGUUUAGAUUUUUU